AUGACGAACACAAUGCAUGUCUUGGUACUGUGUGUGUUGAUGGGCGCUGUCGCAGCGUACUACCACCCCGACUUACCACCGGGGCCUUACUGUGGUGUAGAUAGAAAGUGUUGCAAGGGUAGAGAAGACGGAUGUUCACACAGGAUAAUCGCUGUUCCAGAUACUGUUUGCUAUUGUGACGAAUUUUGCAAUCGGAACCACGAUGAUUGUUGUCCCGACUACGAGCCGGUCUGUAUCGGAGAGGAGAACCCGUUCAUUCAACCAUGUGCGCAUAAAGGCAAGUUUUACUUGGCAGGCGAGACCCGCAUGGAUGAAUGCAAUACUUGUACAUGCGUUACUACUGAAAACCCACGAGAGUUUAGAUGGAGUUGUGAGACGGACACGUGUUUACUGAGCCAGCAAGUGGUGCAGGAAGUCAAUAGAGGCGCAAGCUGGCGGGCUUACAACUAUACCCAGUUUUAUGGCAAGAAAUUGAAGGAUGGUCUUAUAUAUAAGUUAGGAACAAAACCACUAAGCCGGGAAACAAGACACAUGGGUUCUAUAAGGUAUGAUAAGAACAUAUCAUACCCCAAUCACUUCGAUGCUCGUCAACGUUGGCCAGACUAUAUCUCGCCGGUGGUGGACCAAGAGUGGUGCGGGUCAGACUGGGCUAUAUCUACUGCUACUGUGGCUUCUGAUAGAUUCGCCAUCCAGUCUAACGGUGCGGAGCGUAUGGUGCUCAGCCCCCAAACACUGUUGUCUUGCAACCGUCGUCAGCAGACUGGAUGCGACGGAGGUAACAUUGAUGUCGCAUGGAACUUUAUGAGAAGUCAGGGAGUCGUGGACGAAGAAUGUUUCCCAUACAAAGCCAGAGUGACUAAAUGUCCGUUCAGGAAGAACGGCGAUCUUCUUGAAACCGGCUGCAGAAUACCGGUGAAGCAAAGGACUUCCAGAUAUAAGGUAGCACCGUCCGGGAAAUUGAACUACGAACGCGAUAUAAUGUAUGAUAUCAUGGACUCCGGACCAGUGCAAGCGGUCAUGACCGUGUACCAAGAUUUCUUCCACUACCGCGAUGGUGUCUACCGCCACAGCUACUACGGUGAUCAAGAAAUGAAGGGAUUACACAGUGUGCGUAUCGUUGGCUGGGGAGAGGAACGCGGUGAUCGUUAUUGGAUCGUUGCGAACAGCUGGGGCUGUGACUGGGGCGAGAACGGUUACUUCAGAAUCGCUCGAGGCUCGAACGAAUCCGGUAUCGAAUCCUUCGUUGUGACCGUCCUCAGUGACGUCACACAAGCUUACGGCAAAAAA